CCGCCCCAUAACUCCGCUGCAGCCUGAGGGGAGCUAGACACACUCUCAGGCCCCGAAUAUAGAAAAAUUAUUUUUAAAAAAUCGGAAAAAAUACCAGCAGAACCAAAAUCGAGUGGAGAAAAGAGCGGGGAGCGGUGGCGUGGGCUCUCCCACGGUGGGUUUCUGGUCCGGUCCGGGAUGGAAGGUUACCGGGGCUCCAUGUGAAAUUGACUAAUGCGGUGCUGGAAACUUUUUUGGUGGGUAAACUGCUCGUUUUUUUUCCCCCCACUAAGACCUCAUAAUGUGGCUGCACGUCCUGAUGUGUGCAUGUGUGUCUUCUACGCGACUUUUGACUUGUUUUAUAUCAACUCUCAGCUCACGUUGACUGACAAAUCGACGUGCGCGACACUUGAAUUGUUAUGAACGUGUUGUUACUAUCGCGGGAUCAGACUUUGCGCAAUUGUGCUUAUGUAUAUAUGUAUGUAUUUUUUUGUGGCAGCGUGGAAGGAUCUGGGCAUUUAAUUUUAAAUUACGCGAUCGGUUCCUCUGCUUGUGUGAGGCUUUUCUUUUUUUUUUGCUCGACAAAUUAGUUGCAAAAGCGAAUGUGUGGAGCUGUUAAAACACGGCGCACUUUGUCCAGCGGCCCUCGCUGUUGACGUUUGAUGUUCUUUGCAACUUUUCGGCCAACUGAAUAGUAAAAAUGCAAAGCAGUAUUUCCCACUCACCGCCAACCAUAGCUGUUGGGACUGGGUGAGGAAGAGAGAGCAAGAAAGUGAAGGAGAGGAGCAACUGAAGAAGAGGGCGAGAAGGAGGAAAGCGCAGAGAAAGACUAAAGACUAGUAGGAUUUUAACAGAUUUUGGCGUACUUUGAUGUUUCCACUGCAUAAUUUACCCUUCCUGUGAGCUUCUUUUUCGACAAAGCCCCCCACAACUUACCACAUUGAACCUGCAAGGCAGGGGAGCCACAAGUGAAUUUUCAUGGCAGCGGCACUCUAGGGCUGCCAUGGCAGCUGCUGCCGCCGAUGCCUCACACCGUAUUACCGCACUGACGCCGGAGGAAGAGGGACGACGGACUGCCGCCAAGCUGUUUGGUAGCACCGCCCCACUGCCACGGACAGAGAGAGAGAGAGAGCGAGAGAGGGGGAAAGAGAGAGAGAGGGAGAGGGAAGAAGAAGGAGAAGAGGUAGGGAGAGCAAGUGGGAACGAGUGCUUGGUGUGCGGGGCCCUGUUCGCCUCACAGGAGAAGCUCCGGCUCCACACCUUGAUUCACACAGGAGAGAAACCCUUCCACUGCUCGCAACCACACUGUCCCAAGGCCUUCAGCUCCAAAUACAAACUCUUCAGGCAUAUGGCCACACACUCUCCACAGAAAACCCAUCAGUGCUCAUUCUGUGAGAAAAUGUUUCACCGAAAAGACCACCUAAAAAACCAUCUGCAGACCCAUGACCCCAACAAGGAGGCCUUCAAGUGUGAGGAGUGUGGGAAGCACUACAACACCAAGCUAGGAUAUAAGCGCCAUGUGGCCAUGCACUCUGCCACGGCAGGUGAUCUCACCUGCAAAGUCUGCAUGCAGACCUACGAAAGCACGCCCGUGCUCUUAGAGCACCUGAAGAGCCACUCCGGAAAGUCUUCAGGUGGUACCAAGGAGAAAAAACACCCGUGCGAUCACUGUGACCGGCGUUUCUACACACGGAAGGAUGUGAGACGGCACAUGGUGGUCCACACUGGCCGAAAGGACUUCCUGUGCCAGUACUGUGCUCAGCGUUUUGGCAGGAAGGACCAUCUGACACGUCAUGUGAAGAAGAGCCACUCACAGGAGCUGCUGAAAAUCAAGACGGAGCCUCCUGAUAUGUUAGGUCUUUUAGCUUCCGGGUCACCACCUUGCUCUGUGAAGGAGGAGCUCAGCCCCAUGAUGUGUGGCAUGGGUCCCAACAAAGACCCCAUGAUGGGCAAACCGUUCCCCAGUGGGGCACCUUUUCCAAUGAGCAUGUACAACCCCCACCAUCUCCAGGCCAUGUCUAAUUCUGGUGUGGGCCACCCACACCCAUCCCUGAUGCCCAGUUCCUUGUCUGCAGCUAUGGGAAUGGGCUGUCACAUGGAAUCCCCUGGAUCUCUUCACCCACACUCCCAUCACCACCACCAUCAUCACCACCAUCACCACCAUCACCAUUCCCCUCCACUACCCCCACACCAUCAACCUCCGGCUCCCCAGCAGCAGCACCAGCCCCAGCCAGCCCCCAAAUACCAGCUGGGAUCUACCUCAUACCUGCUGGACAAGCCCUUGAAAGUAGAGAUGGAAAGCUUCCUCAUGGAUCUACAGAGCGGCUCGCCAGGCCCUGUUCCCUCUACAGAGCCCCACUCUGCUGCCUCCCCGCCCAAGGAUGGCCUGGAGCCAGCCUCAGGCCUGGCAGAUGAGCUUUGCGGGGAUCCCCUCCUGUCCAAGAGCCCUGCGGUGAUCGCUGAGUCUCUGUGUGCUGCUAACAUGGACUUCUCCCACCUGCUGGGGUUCUUGCCCCUCAACCUGCCUCCAUACAGUGCCCCGAUGAGCACAGGAGGGCUGGUGAUGGGCUACAACUCAUCUGCAACCUCCUCCUCUUCUUCCAUCUCCUCUUCCUCAUCUCUGCACACUGCUGAGCCUCAUGCUGCAGCAGUUGCUGCGGCAGCAGCUGCUGUCGCCACAGCACCUCUUACCUCUUUGCAACCGCAACCUCAGGAGCAGCAGAGCUCCAGCGGGGGUCUGGGCCUCGGACCCCUGCACCCACUCCCAUCAGUGUUCAGCUCCAGCCUUAGUACCACCACACUGCCUCGCUUCCACCAGGCCUUCCAGUGACAGAGCCAGCCCUCCACCCAGCCCUGGCCAGCCAAGAUAACCUCCAACACAGCCUCAGCUCAGUUCUGCUCUGCAUGGAUAUUUUGGGCUGUGUCUUUACAGGGUGUGAUUAAAAAGUUUGAGAAUUAGAAUAAAUAAGUACACAAAUGAACACUUAGAAGCCUUAAAUGAAAGUGCACAAAAGCUUUUGAUUGAGCCUUAAAUGGAAGUUAAACCCCUUUGAGCAAACAGGAAAAGGUGAGAAAAGAAGUUAAAGCAGCUUUUAUUUGAGCUUAUUUUUCCUAUCCUAUAGUUAUAACAAUGUAUUAACUCAUCUAUUUUUAUUUCAAGUUACUUCCCCUUUUAUCCCCCUUCCAUCCCCUUUUUAGUAAUAUAGAGGGCAAGAUCAGUAGGCUAAAAGGUGUGGUACUGCAUACUUUCUAAAGUAAUAAUAUAAAAAAAAAUAUCAAAGAUAAUUUUUAGUGAAGCUUAUCUGUCUUGUUGUGACCCAGAGAAAAUAUAGUUUGAAGUGGAUCUUUUGUUUUACUUUAUUUUUCUUUUCCAAAUGUAAGAACAUGGUAGAAUGUGUCUCAUCUUCCCACCUAAUAACCCAAACUGUCACGUUCAGGAUGGAGAGAGAUCAGUGAAGGAAUGAAGAAAUGUAGACGUUGAGCCAAUGAUUGAAAACGGAUUUGGCUUUGACAGAGCCAUGAAAAUGACCCCUGUCUCUAAAAAAGUGCUCUUCAGACAAGAAAAAUAAUUAUAUGCAUGUCCUUAUUCUUUUUGCUGUAACUGAUAUGCUCCUAGAGUCAUGUCAGUUUGAAUGAAAAUGCUUGUUAAAUGAAAAGCAGACUCUUAUUGUGUGAUUGAUAAGAGACCAGUCACACACAUGGCCACACAUUUACUUUUAAAGAAAAGAAAAACGAAAUGUGAAAGUGUCUGAGUUGAUUGAAAUAGAGGUAAUAUCACACUUGCUUUUUUGCUGUUCCUCAAAAGAAGCACUUUUUUUUUUAUCAGAAGGCACUUCAUCUUUAGGAAUCUCCUUGGGAAACCUUUUGUCUUUGCUAAGACAAAGACUUUCUCUUCACUCUCCUUCCUUCACAAAUCUUCCUUCUAACAGUUAUCUUUAAAAGUUACCAUGAUAGUGAUAAUUGCAGCUGUUUCUUGGCUUGCCAAACACACCUAAAAUCUAUAUUUUGUGAAUAAAAUUGCAACACAUCUUUCAGGCAGUCUUUAAAAAAGAUGUAUCAUCAUGGUAAUGAUGAACCCUGACAUAUGUGAAUGACAAAAAAAACAAAAAAAACAAAAAAAAAACAACAAAAGAAUUACAGUGACAGAUGGGGAAAAUGUGUUAAAGAAUGUUAUUGCAGUGUACGAAAUAUCUCAAAAAUGAAUAUUAUUGCUUUUAUCUCAGUAAGGUGUAUUUAGGUAUUAAAACUAAGUGGUGAUGUUUUGAUGUCUGGCAGGUUUACAUUUGUGUGUAUCUUGAAUUUUGGAUCAAACAAAUGGAUGAAGUAUUAGCUUUUUCCCUUAGCUUCUCUGUCAUAUCCAUUUUUUAACUUUACAUGUACUUGAGUUAGUAUAGUGGAAUCAGAACUGUGGAUAGAAAUAUCUAAAGGGGGCUGUUAGUGGCUUCAUAAUCAUAAUUAGAAUUUGAAACUAUAUAGAUUGUGUCAUAGGGAUGCUGAAAUGGAUGGCCUAUCAAUCUAUUACUAUAGGUCUUUAUCCAGUGAAAUAUUCAUGUAACCCAAGUGCUGUAAAGAAAUCCCAGCCCAUUUCGCUCCGAGUUUAAUAGUUUUGGAUGUCUCGGAGUUUUGAUCCUUUCUAACCUUUCACUACCAGCCUAUAAAAAACGUGAGCCCAAAGGUAACCUAAGCCUCAAAGUGAAAUAGGUGCUCUUUAUCUAGCGUUCUGUCCGCGGCAUGACCAACACAACUAGCAUAGCUAUACAUAACUCUGUGUGUAAAUGCCUUUGUAGUCAUAGAAGAAGACUGGCCACAGGUGAUCCCCAACCACCAAUGUUGAGUGAAAAUGAAAAAAAAAAACCAUAGCACAUAAAAAAAUCAAAUACAUAUUGCUGCUUUUAGCUACGGUUGCUGAUGUACAA